GACUCAGCGAGUCAGUCAGAACACGCGGUACCAACGGCGCGUACGGUUGCUUUCGCGCCUUCGUCAUCGUACGUCUCGUCUUGCCGACCCAUUCGCGUUCCACGUGAUCCCCACCUGCCAUCCCUGAUCGUGUCGAUCGCUCGGCCUCGAUCGCGCUCGAUCACGGCGGCGAGAUCUCGCCGCGCCUUACGGAGCAGAUGCCGUCGCUGAGGACCUUCCGCAUCGAGUUCGACCGAGCGGGUGCGACUUAUUCGCCCGGUGAGCUCGUCACCGGCAACGUGAUCGUCGAUCUGGCCAGGGAGAAGACCAUCAGAGCGCUGAAAUUGUCAUUCAAGGGGGAAGCCAACGUCAGCUGGGAGAGAAGAAGAACUACCAAGGAUUCCCAAGGACACAGUCACACCCACGUUGAUCACUACCGAGCGAACGAGCAGUAUUUUAAUCUGGUUUAUUACCUGCUGGGGGACACAGCCGAUGAAGUGCGAAUGCCAGCGGGGUUCCAGAAGUACCCCUUCAGUUUCUCGCUUCCCCAUAACAUACCGUGCAGCUUUGAGCACGCGGAUGGCUACAUCAGGUACACGACGAAGGCCGUCAUCGACAGACCAUGGAGAUUCAAUCACGAGUGCAAAAUCGCGUUCACCGUGGUCACGUCUUACGAUCUGAACGCUCACAGCCAGCAAUGCCUUGGCCUAGACGACGAAGUGACAGAGAGCUUGUGCUGCUUCUGCUUCAACAUGGGCUCGAUCAGGCUGCGUAUCAGAAUACCGACGACAGGCUUCGUCCCAGGACAAUCGAUAGAGACAAUGAUCAACCUUGAUAACACCAGUAGUGUCGGCGUGACGAAGAUCUGCUUUAAGCUGCAACGGUCUUUGGUAUUCCAUGCAAAGAUACCGUACAGCACGACCAAGACGGAUGAGGCAACUGUGAAAUCUGAAGCGAGCAUGGGACCGUUCAACCAACAUGUUGACAUCGUGUCACGAUUGCAAGUUCCGCCAAUAUCGCCGUCUCAAUUGGAAUACUGCAACAUCAUAGACCAAAAGUACAGCUUGCGCAUCACGAUUCACGUCUCAGGAAUGCAUUGCAGCAUCACCAAAACCUAUCCGAUCCUGAUCGGGACCAUCCCCCUACGCUUGACGAUCCCGUCAGCGACGGCAUUGCAACCUACAGCUCCCAUAAUGCACUAUGAUUACGAUCCACCACCGCCAAUGCCGAUGGCACCACCGGAGUCUCCAGAGUAUUUGCCACCAAAUGUGCCUUAUCCACCACGAACUUAUGGCUUUUCGAGUCAACCUAGCACCUCGACCAACCAGUGGGACAUACCGCCGCCGUCGUACGAGGAAUGUAUGCAACGAGCGGAUAGCAUCAAGGAUGACGACGAGUCUAAUUACGUGCACGGCGCCAACGAGCCAUUCGCGCCAAGAUAUCCGGUCUUUAAUUUCCCAGCGUCACAUUCGCCCGGAUCCGGAAAAUAAAUGAAGACAAAGUGAAACUUAUGUCAUCUCAUCGAGCAAGCUACUUUGACGCGUUUGCUGAAUCGAAUGAAGAAACAAGCAUUUUUCUUCACCAAGAGUGCGGACUCUGAUCGCUUCUACCUCACGAUGUCCGACUGUUUAGUUUUUUUUACAGUAAUGUGAUAUCGUGUAUAUUUUUAUACAUUAUGAAAUGCUCUCUACUAUUGCAAAUCGUACGUUACGCGGAACGUAUGACAACUUUCGAAUACGUGUUUUAUUGUUGUAUUAAUUUACAAAGUACAAUUAGCUCACUGGAAUGUUUAAGGAAUUUAAGGGAAGAUCGAAGAACAGGAGUGCAAACGGACACUCAAAAGGGUGCAAUAAAGAUAAUUGUACGAAAA